CCCAAAAACAAAACAACGUAUUUGAACGCUUCUGACUAUAUCAGGACUAGCUACUCCUUCCUGCUAUUUCACUGUGGAUAAUAACAGGGUUUUAAAAAAGAUAGGCAUGACUGUUUCCAAAAGAAGGCGAACGUCUACGCCGUAUUUUAUCAAACAUUAGCUAAGUUAGCUUAACUUCAUGCUAGCUUGCUAGUAGUUUAGCCGCUAAGUCGCGAACAUUAGCCGAACGAGUUAAUUGCGACGUAAACGUAAACCAGACAAAGUCAGGAGGACUUAAACUGCUGAACGCGCGCUACGGACAUGCUGUUGCCAGCAGACGCCGAGCAGUAACGUAAAAAACACAUGCCACCUGUUGAAGGUAGCUAGUUUUAGUUCGCUGUGCUCGCAUAAUACGCUCCACAACCACCUAUGGGCUAUCUUUAACUGACGCAAGUGCGCUGACACGCUGUUUGAAACCUCAUACACUCCUCUUUUAUUCAUCUCUAUUUGAUCGUGUUGCAUAUGAUUAUAGUCUGAGCCCACGGAGAUGUGUGGCAUGGCCUCUGAUAAGGGAUAACUCACUGUAGCUUUUAAGUGGCAGAGGCACGACAAUGCAACUGUCAACAGCAGACGGCCGAUUUUAAUCCAAUCUGUCCGUGUCGCGGAGAGGUGGGGGGAGCUCGUAUCGCCAUAGAGACGACAGCGCGAUAAAGCAGAAGAUGUGAAUGAUGAUGUCAACAGAGAUGAUGGGGGUGAUGUAGCCUAUGCGCAUUUCUCCUCAAAGUGCCAACAUGGAAUCUGAAAACGUAACUGAUCCGUAUGAAGACAACCGGCAUGUUGAUCAAAGUCGCCAGUCACUCCGGAGUACGAAGAACGAUUCCCAAACGUCACCCUUCCAAAAACAUGAAAAGAUCUUCCGGGACAAGAUCCAGGGCGAGGGGGAAAAAGAUGUCUGUGUUGAGAGUAGAUCGAAAACCAGAACCUGGCGUUCAGAUCCAGAUCGGGACCAGGUAUCGGAUGAAGAGGGACGGAGAAGUACCGGGUCGUUGUACUCGGAGGACUAUGAGAAUGGGUCUCAUUCGGGCCGGUCGAGCUCACCAUACUCCCACUCCCGGACUCCAUCCCUUACCCGAGGUGUCAGGGAUGGAGUCCCUCAGAGAGGGGUAAGGGCAAAGAGGAUUUCCAACAGCCCCUUCUACAAGGCAGGAGGUGUGGGCCGGCGGGGCGUGUCACGUCCACAGCGUCCAGGUGGCCAGCCCCUGACCCAGCAGCAUCGCAGGGGGGUGCGCUCACAAAGCAAGGAGUCCACGCCGCCUAAAGACAUGGACCUGGUGACCAAGAGGAUGCUUUCGGCCCGCCUGCUAAAGAUCAACGAAUUGCGUAACUCACUUGUUGAGCUGCAACAGCGCACUGAUGAGCUGCAGAAGGAAAAUCGAGUUCUCAGACAGCUUCAGGUGCGUCAAGAGAAAGCCCUGCAUCGCUACGACGAUACGGAAAGCGAGAUCUCCCAGCUCCUGCUGCGCCACACCAACGAGACCCAGGUGCUGCGCGAGCGGCUCAGGCGCACGCAGGAGCGGGAGCGGGCGGCCGAGCGCCGGAUGAAGGGCGGCGAGGAGCAGCUGCAGAGGAGCCAGGCGACCGCCGCGCGGCUGAAGAAGCUGGUCGACCAGCGAGAUCUAGGAGCCAGAGACGAGCUGAGCCGCAGGCUGGAUGACGAGAAGACACGGGCCCAGGAGGCGGCACACAGGAUUAAGGAGCUGGAGCGCAGCGUGGAGCUGAGCAGCAGCAGUUACCAGCGGCAGCUGGCUGCGGAGAGGAAGAAGACUCUCGGUGCCCAGGAAGAGAUCCGGACUCUGCAGGAGGAGCUGGAACGACUGACCAAUAAGCUCAAGGAGAAGGAGAGAGAACUAGACGCUAAGAACAUUUAUGCCAAUCGCAUGACGAAACCUGAGAAACUGAGAAAAGAUGUCGACAGUGGCGGAAAGCGGAAAGUCCCCAGCAGGAGCAGUUCCAAGGCCGUUCAGACCAAAGACAGAGCGUCUAGUCUGGAUUUCCCGACACCUCCCCCUGCCACCUCCGAUGCCAAUGAAUGCGGUGAACAGGCCCCUGAUGAAUACCUAUCACUCAAGGAGUUUGACAGAGUGGACCGACGGGCAGAGACAGAAGACCGACACCAAAAGUUGGAACAGCAGAAGAUGAGAGACCGAAGAAAAGAGGGGGAGAAGGAGAUGGUGAAGACAGAGCAGGAGAAUGAGGAGAAGCGGGAAGUCCACCGGGAGCUCAAUGUGCUUGAGGAGAAGGCAAAGACACCGAGAGAUGGUUCGGAGAAGAAAAAAGAGCAAGACGACGGUAAGAGGACGACAGAAAGUUCCCAGUCAAACCAGAAGGAAGACCACAACAGGAAGCACAGCCAUGUCCAGGAAGAGGUGGAGAGGUGGAACCACGGGGCUCUGGCCAAUCAGCAAGCAGCAGAGGAAGCGCAUCGCAAAAAACAACAGCUGCUGGCGAAGAUGCGUGAGAUCGACCGCCAGGAACACGGAGCCCAGGACGUCGCGUUUGAGCCGAGUCCUUCUGAGUUCCACCAGGCUCCCAGAAACCAGCCCUCUCCUCGUCUUCCGGAGCAGAGGAACCAAAACUCUCACAUUUUUCACCUCGCAGAAUCGGCGGAGUCGGCCGGUCUGCGCUCCGGUAGCGACGACGCCGGAAGGAGAAGAUCGGGCUUCGGGAAGAGAGCGCCUCGGACCCAAAUACCCACGGAGGACAUGGCAUUCGGAAGCUACGCGCCCUCUUUCGGACAUCCGGCCUCUCGCGGUUCCUCCGGCUUCCCUCCACCUCCGCCCAAAGAGGACAGGGAGUCUGCACUGGAGGCCAUCGGUGUUUUUAGUCUUCGAGGGGUGGAGACGGAGAGAGAGAAGGAGACGGACAGAGGGGCGGGCAAGGAGAAGAAGUCCAGCCUCAUGCAGCAGCUAUUUGGUGCCCUGGCAACACCUGCGGGUGACGGUGUGAGCGCCUCCAAUAACACGGAGGUCCUCAACAGUCCUCCGACUACCAAUGGGGCGCAUCCAAGAAGAGAAGGACUGUUUAACUCGGGGCCUUCUACUCCUCCAUCGUCCUCCCUGAACACCCUACACGUCACGGACAGCAGGCCCGCAAUCCGCGCCAUCGCCUCCUUCGAUGAUGACAUAGAGGAACUUACUUUAUGAAUUUAAUUUAGAUUUGGAGGUCGUCCGUCUGCUCGCUGGCCAUCACUGAUGUUUUGUCGGUCACAAAAUAAGAGAGAUUGAGUGAUGAACGUCGUCUGUAAAUUCAAGUCUGAACACAGUUUAACACUCAAUAAAAAUGUAUUCUAUGCCAAGCAUAGAAGUACAUUUAAGUUUCUAAAAUACCAAAUGAGUGAUAAGUCAUUUCACUCAAGUGAAUGUUCAUCGUGUUUCAUGUAGUGAUCUUCAAGCAUUCAGACGCAUGUGUUGCUGAAAUUGCUGGUAUCAGGUGUUUGACCCUGUGUGAUAUCGUAAUGCUAGUUGUUGUACUUGUAACUAUGGUAACGAUGGCUUUUAAUGAUUUUCACCUGUUUGCACGGUCUUCUCAGUUUGUGUAUCUGUAUUUUUUCUCGAAGCGUAAUCACUGCAGCUCGAAUAAUAGAUAAUAACACAACCCAUAACAGAAUACAGUCACAAUGACAAAGACUUUGGCUGAAAAUCGCCUUUCUUUGUGUUUCACAUUUUAGCGCUUUGCCAUACUUUAAUAAUAGUUUGGGGUUGCUGUUAUUUUUUAUUGGUCUGGGAAUCCUCACGAUUCCCUGUGUUUUUAUUUGGAGAAAUGUGAGUAAUUUUUGAGUUAUAUUAGAGUCCAUGCUAUAAGAAUUAACCACUGAGCAAUAUGACAAUCACGUUCAGACAGCUUCCUCAAUGUCUGACAACUAUAUGAAAUGCUAUUUAUACAAUUUAUUGAAAAUGACAAUUUCCUGCAGGUUUUUAACUACCAAUGUUAUAUUGAUACUGAUAAAAUGACCCAUUCAAAGGAAAAUGCCACUGACCUCGGAGCAUUUUUUAUUUCCUAUAAUCUAAAGAUUGAUCAUUUAUAUAUGCUCAAUGGCAGUUUGUGUCGUGUCAAUUCAACCAAUUGCAUAUUAUGUUUUAAGAGAGAGACAAAUAAAUUAUAUUAUAUUUA